UUUUAUACGCAUGCUCAGAUACGAAGAACCAAUGGAAAUAGCAUUGAAAUUGGCGUAUUAAAACAAAACGGUUGGUUGCUCGGAGAGAAGAGAAGUCUAUCGUGAGUAUUUGUUGAUGGAAGGACUGCAUUUCACUGAAGAUGAUAUUAGAGAACAACUGGAGGCAUUGGGGUACCAAAAUGUACCACCUACAAGACUUAAAGAAUUUGCGAGAGAUUUAGAGAAAUUGGUAGAACAUGAGCAGUCAUAUAGAAAUACCUCUUCAUCAACUACAGAUACUGAUGGAUUUAUAGAUCCCUCUACAUCAAGGAAACCACUUGAGUCCAAUUCAAGUACCCAUGGUUAUUAUCAAAACCCAUCAACAGAGUACCAUUCACAGUAUGGCAAGGAAAACGAAACAAGUUUACUACAGCCAUCUGAUGAAGCAGCUCCUAUGGCUGUCCGACCAAAGGUGCGACCGAAGAGUAUCCUGAAGGACCCUCCGAAGAGACCAGCUGUCGUACGAAAAGUUCUAAGGAAAAGGAAUGGACAGGCUGAGGUGUUUCAUGAGUCCAUUUCAGAAGGUGAUACAGGUGAAAUGUCAGCAAUUAAUGAGAGGCUGGCCCAACUUCCUCUCAGUGAUCAAGUCAACGACUCAGAUUUCUAUGCUAAAAGUGAGACAGAUACAUCAAGCAUUAUCCAUGAUGUAUUACCCAGGAGGCCAUAUUCAUCAAGAGAUCUAUAUUCACACAGGCCAGCUGGCGAUGAAGUAGGUGUAUACAAACCACAUUUACCAAGAUCAUUUAUCCGGCCCUCAUCUGUUCAAGGUAAUUUCAAACGACACAGUAGGAAGACAGAUCCUGUCACAAGACACAAAAUGUACCAAUCAGAAUGGCAUUCAUUCAAAGCUCCAGGUGAGAAGAACCGCAAAGACCUCAGAUGGAACAUACGGGAACGUAUGAUGUAUAAAGACAACCCAAUUCUUCAAAAAAACCAGCCUCGUGUUUACGUUCCUAACUCAUACCAGGUACCCACCGACAAGAAAAGACAGGCUCUGCGCUGGGCCGUGAGAACAGACUUGGCCCACAGACAAAUGCCGCAAUCAUCUGCCUUUCAAUUCUGAAUUGAUGACAUGACACAUCAUCUAAAAAUAGAUUGUGCAAUUUCAAAAUCUGCAAUCUCUGCAGUCAGUUGUAGUGUUAAUUGUCUGGGUUGUGGCCAACACAUGAUGAUGAUUUGUCAUGCAACUGCUUUACCUUGGAAUGUGCAUCAGAGAGUACAACAACCUUAUAAAGCCCUGAUUUCCCUAGAAUCGCUAGACACUGUUGCUGACACUCGGCAACAGCUGUGUAGUAAGAAUCUAUGCCUUUAUUUAUAGCUCUAUCGACCAGCUAAACAGUUUAAAACCAUUUUUUUAGAAAUCUGUCCAUAUUUGGGUAAAACAACUUUGGAAUUUGAACUAUCAAAAGCAAAGUAGUCUAGUCUAUUGAUUCUAAGUACUGUAUAUGCCAUCAGAUUGACUAUAAACUAUGUACCAGCUAGCUGAAGCAAGCAAGGGAAUUAUUUAUAUUGCAAACUUGACACAGUAAAUUUGUACCAUUGGUAGGACCAUAUCCCGGAUUGUCAUGGCAGAAGGUGUGGGGGAUAGAGGUACACAAAUUGGGACCAACUAGGGCCAAGGGGCAGAGCUGGUUGGAUUUCAGCUUCGUUUUUUCAGUAACCAGCCUGUGGCAACUUACAGUAUGCCCUAAUACUGUCCUAACGAUAUAGAUUGCUGGUUAACAUGCCAGCGGUUUGAAAAAAUAGUAUCAGCCACCGCCAGACAUUUUAGCAAAUUUUAACACUUUUCCGAAGCUCGUUGAGGGUGUGUAUGUGAUCAGAUUGGCAUGUAGUCAACACUACAAGAACUACAAACAUGUUAGUAGUUACGGGCACAAUCGGUGCCCGUAACGGUAAAAUGAAAAUGACUCACUUUUGGAGAUUUACGCAAUCUUGCACAAGGAAGCUGAGAUAAUAGCGAUUUCGUGAAAGUAAAUCAAUACCACACAACGCUAAUGUAAACAAACAAAUAGCGAAAUGGCGGGCCACACGCGUAGGUUUUGUAAUUAAUUUUUGCGGGCUGCAAAAAAUAUCACUGGCAGGCCACAGGCAGCACUUUGCCCACCUUUGGUUUAUAUAGUGUUAUUAAAAUAUGCAGAGCUUCAUUUGCUGAAAAUUGUGCUGCUCAGUAGUAUCUGCAGCUGAACAGAGGCAUGGAACUGCACCUGUACAUUGCUUACUCAUUCAGAUCUAAAUGGAAUCAGUGGAGUGUGAUGAAUAUCUUUAUAAUAAUAUGUUCACUUGAAUAUACAGUUCUAAUGUAGGAUGUGUAAAUGCAAGAUGUACAUAUGAUUUUUCUAUUGUGUGUGUGCGUACUCUAGUUUUUUUCAAAUAAAUACUGUGGAGGUAUUGUACA